AUGGGUAGAGGUAAGAUUGAGAUCAAGCAAAUUGAUAACAUCAAUAGCAGACAAGUUACCUUCUCAAAACGACGCGGCGGAUUGAUAAAGAAGGCCUCAGAACUCUCUAUUUUAUGUGCUUGUGAGAUUGGUCUCAUCAUCUUCUCUAGCACAGGGAAGAAGUAUGAAUAUUCUAACGUUGGUAUGCAAAAAGUUCUGCGCAGAUAUAUGAAUCACAAGGAUCAUGUUCCCGCGAGCACUGCCGUCCCAGCAAAUUCCUCCAAUGCAGUUGCUGUUGUUGAGCAUGUGGUGGAGAAUCCACAGCCUGAUGAAGUGACUGCAUUGAGAGAAGAAGUUACAAGGCUUCGCAUGCAUAUGCAAGGCAAAGGAUUGGAAAGUUUGAGUUUCGGCGAGCUUCAACAAUUGGAGCAGCAUUUAUGUGAUGGACUUUAUUCUAUUAGAGAAACGAAGGAGCGCCUCCUUUGGGAACAGUAUGAGAAAUCAAAACUACAGGAGGAGAAGACAAGCAGGGAAAAUGAAGCGUUACGCAAAGAAGUAUGUGAGCUUAAACAAAGCAUGAAAUCAUCCUGCAGUGAAUCCAACUCCUUAAAGAGAAGGCACUUAAACGGGUCAACAUCUGAUGAAGUUUGCAUUGCUGAGAAAGAAGUUGAAUCUGAGAAUUUCUUGCGCUUAGGGCUAUCAGUUGUACCGAAGACGGAGAGUACCUCCGACGGGUCGAUUGCUGAUCAAAUAAUGGUGUUUGAACCAAAUGAUGCACCAAAUUGUUAG